GAAAAGUAUUUCAUGAGUUUUGGUCCAGGCGGAGCAUUGUCACAGUGUAAGAUAGAAUAUUCUCCGAAGAUGGAUUUCGAAAUGUGGUUUUGGAUGUCAGUGUUCAUCUUUAUUUAUUUCUUGAAUGCAGUGACAGCUUACACGGGAACAAUUAGUUUGAAUGAAGUCACGUGCCACAACGUACAGAACAUAUAUUCAGUCUCAGGAGAAGUAGCCUUCAAUGUAGAAUGGAGUGGAGAGAAAAUUACAAGGGACUGCAGAAUCAUCUUCCAACCAUCACCAGCAAACCAGAAAACUUGUAUUGAGGUGGUUACUUACCAAGUCAGGGACUGCGAUGUUCAGCUGACGUAUUCUACGUACAGUGAGGGAGAGAACCCGGAUACGGUUUCCUAUUCAUGUAAAACUCCACCAACGCAGUUCUGUGGUGACAGGAAAAAUGUGGCGGUACAACUUACCCUCAAAAAUCCCUCUAAUUUAAUCAAUAACAGUUUCCGUUUAAAGACAACAACCACAACAUCUAGCACACUUUCUAAAUCUUCAACAAUGACAGCGGUUGGAGUUGGAAUUGGCGUUGCAGUCGUCAUGUUGAUUAUGUUGUUUCUUAUAUAUCGCAGACGACACGCCAUUGCACUUGCCGUAAGAAGCAGAACUGCAGGAACACGACAUUUGAUGACGUCAGAUACAGACGAUUCCCCCGUGUGACAUUUUAUUCAGGAAUCUACGCUCCUACCACGACAGCGGAGUAAGACGUCAUCAUGUAGGGCAGAGAAAGGUCAAAUCUUGGAAUGCCGCAGCAAUUUUUCCAAUGUCCAAUUCUAUACUUUGUUAAUUUCCUUCGAGAAGUUUCUUUAGCAAUCUUUCUAUUGUACAUAUAACAUUUUUGUUUGUAUCAUGAAGUAUGUUUUGUCUUGUAAAGGUCGCAAUACAUAUACUACAUGAUAUAUUUUGCGUUAGAAAUAGGAAAUGGUAAAUGUGUUAAAAUGCGUGACUGCGGUAAAGGGGGUUAAACUGACGUACCAACA